AUGAAAGUGACAACAGUCAUCGUGUUGCUAUUGCUGAAUUAUAACCGCUGCCUUACAAUCCGAGUGCCGGUGGAAUGGACCCAGGAUAGUGAAGUGAAUAAAAGCGAACAAAUAGUGAAUACCGAACAAAAUGGAGAAGCGACACAGAAGCCGAUAUAUAAAGACUACUUCCAAUACACCGCUCAGAAACCACAGUUUGCAGUUGAUGUAGCUAUUGCUCAUGAUGUUCAAUCGCCUGAAAAUCUUUAUAAAGCUCAUCCUGUUAGACCUUACACAAAUUUAGCGAAACCGGUAUUAGGACAACAUCAUAUUUUAGAUCCGAAUCGGAACGAGUUUCAACCAUAUCAAAAAUUUAUACAGAAAUCAGAAAGUGCCGGUUUUAUUACACCGGCUUCAACAUCAUUUGAAGUGUUCCAUCCUUAUAAAGCAGAAGAACCUUAUUUACAACAAAUUUAUAGAGAUCCUGUGUUAAGUAAAAUCAGAAAUGAUUUGCGUGAUAGUAAAAAUCGAUUACAAAAUUAUGAAAAUGAAGCCGGUCAAACAGAUGUUAAGGGUACUGAGUAUUUAGAAAGUCUUCAUGAAACCGAUAGGAAAAAAAUUCCUCACAAGAAUAUUCCCACACAGUUUGAAAUGCAUAGACCGCAUCGACGCCCCAUUUAUUAUCGGCCUCCAUUUAAUCAUAAUCAUAGAGAACAUUUUUUAAAUAAUAAAUUGAAGUCUCCGUGGAGAACAAAUGUUGCUAAAAUUACUCCUGCUCAUUAUAGACCGAUAAAACAUCAUUUGCAUGGAUUAAGACAACAACAUGCAAUGAAGUUUGACGAUGAACGUAAUGAAUAUCCUCAAGCACUACCACCAGAAGAAACUGCAGAUGUACCUGAAGGUUAUGACAUUUAUGAAAAGGGUAAGCAAAAAUAUAAACAAAUUAAAAAUAAUGCGGAAGAAUUAAUUAACAAGCCUGAAAAUAAUAGAGUAGUCCACCCACAUCUAGAACCUGUUAUUCGUGAUGAUACUUCAGGUGAAGAUAAUGACAAUAACGGUGAUAACGAUGAUAGUGAUGAAUAUGAUGAAGAUGAUUUCGUUCCGAUAAAAAAUUAUGCUCAAGUUAGAAAAACUGAGUCCACUAGACAUCUGCCCAAACAAGCCGCUUUUUACGACGCCGAAAGUUUAGAGGAAAUAAAAAAUGCACCUCGAUUGAGAGAAGCCAUAAAAAGCACUAAAGCACAAACUGUUUAUUCAGAAGAGGGCUACGAGGACGGUGCUUAUGACCACGGAGGGGAAGAAAAACAUGCAUCAGAUCAUGAAGGUCAUGGUGGAUAUUUGAAGGAACAUGAAAUCAGUGGAGGAAAGUACAAGAUUCCAACGGUAAUUGGCAGUCACGAGGAUGAAAAGGCAGCAGCUUAUAGAGAUCAGAUUUUAGAUAAUAAUAAAUGGGAGGAUUCAAAAAAACAAACAGAUGACGAAGAAGAAUCUGAUGACUAUUCAGAACAUGGAGAAGAGCAUUCAGAUGAUGAUUAUACUCACAAUAACAAUGAAAAUGUUGAAAAUGACCGUCAUAAGCGCGAUGGAGAAACAAAGUUUUCUAAUAAGAAUAUUACAAAAAACGAUAAUGAUCUGAAGAACUUAACACAACAAAUAGUUCAAGAUAAUAGAAAUAAAAGUCAUUCAAAUCAUGAUGUCAUUAAACGCGAUACUGGACCAAACGUGUCACAGACUAGUUUACCUCAUGAGGAUAUGGCUUUGCAAAAAAAUAAAAGUCCACAGGUAGAUAAUAUCUUGUUUAAAUACCCUUAUUAUAAUAAAGAAAUAAAAAAACUUAACAAAAAUUCUCCGUUCCGAUAUGCGGAAAAUAUUAAACUAAUUCCAAAAAAAACCGAAGGAGGUACAGAAUUUUAUGAUUCUAGAUCAAACGUUCAUUGCCCAGAAGUGGAAAGUGAUGUAGAUCCUAUUCCAGAUAAAAUAAAAAAAGGCGGACAUCCCGAUGAGAAUGAAGAAGAUUAUUCGGAGGAAACGGGAUCUAAAAAUAUAAAUAAGAGCAAAAAGCAAAGACUUUCUGGACUUGGAGAUAAAAUUGAUUGUUUUAAAUUAAAAUAUUUUGGUGAAAAUCCUUUGGAUAGUCCCUUUUUCAAAGAAACUAAGAUCGAAAAUCCCGAACCAAUAAUUUUACAAAAUGUAACAGAUAUAUUUUCUGUACUAGAUAAAUUUCACAAAAAAAAUAUUAAAACGUCGAGGUUUACAAAUGGCGAAGGAAAUAAUAAUGACACGGUAAUAACUCAGUCCUUUGGGUUGACAAAAACACUUCCCCAGACGGCUCCUUUUUAUCAAAAGGAUAUCGACCGCGACUUUGUUUCUAAAAAUCGAAAAAAGCGAGCAGCCCCGUUUGUUUACGAACCUUAUAAGAUUAUCAAGGAUAGUCAAACUCAAGAUUCAAAGAAAACAACUACGACAGGGAACGUUAGUCCCUUGAUAAAGCAACUACAAUCUAGCAGGAUAAUUGAUAAAGUUUCUUCAGUUCAAGAUAAAAAUCAAGGUGACAAAAUUAAUUCCCAUUCAAAAUUAUAUAAAGAUAUUUCCAAAGAAGAUAGACAAAAUCAUACUAGUGAUCAAAGCGAUUCUUUACCAAAAUUUGUUGAUGUAAGUUCUGAUGAACGUCGAGGAGAACCCCGUUUUGAAAUAAAACCAUCAAAUCAUAAGACCUCUUAUUCUCCCGUUGAGAGCAGGAGAGUAAUGUCAACUAAGGAUUACGAAUCACGAAAAAAAGGUGAUAGAAAAGACAACGUAGAACUAAAUAUACAUCCUCGUCCAGUAGAGCGUAAUUAUUUUGACGUAUCUCAAUAUUUACCACAAAAUAUGGAAUUACAAAAUUUAGCAGCAUCUACUGCUGUAAAAAAAGUUAUUCGCACAACCACUUCAGCACCAUUACUAAAACAUAGAGAAGAAAUACCACAUAGUCAUGAAAACAAGGAAGAUUAUAAUGAGUAUGAGGAUGAAGAUGAAGACGAAGAUGAAGAUGAUGAUGAAGAUGAUGAUGAUGAGGAAAACAUAGAAGUCAAAACAACUUCAACCACAACAACUUCUACAACAAGUACUACUCAAAAACCACUUCUACGAAAACGCUCCAGAGGAACCACCAGCCCCAGGACAGAAAUUGAAAAUAUAACUGAAUCACCAAAACUUAAGAUUGUUACUCGAUUUCACUCACCAAAACCUAUGAAAUUUACUGAGACUAAAGAAAACAAUGACGAACAAGACGAUACCCAUAGAGAAUAUACGCCAAAAUACACCGAACUGAAAAAAAAGAGUAGGGCAAGGACAUUAGUUACAGAUACACAGGUUUAUGGGGACAAUGACGAUGAUACGCGGAAGUUAGAAGUUGAUAAGCUAAUAGGAGUUAAGCAAGAUAUGGAUGAUUACCUCCCUUUGUAUGAAAAAACGAAAACCGAACGUGAUUAUAAUAAAAAUAAAGUUAAAAUGCAUCAUGACACAGAUAUUCAGACGGAUGAUAGGGAUGAUGACAAUGUUGGAAAUGAGAAAGAUGAUGAUAAUGAAGAAAUAGAAGAGGAAGAUGAUGAUGAAGACGAAGAUGAUGAUGAUGAAGAUGAGGAAGACGAUGAUGAGGGCGAGUUGGAAAAUGAUGAAGAUGAUGAGGACGAAAGUAAAAAAAGCCAUAAAGAACAUCAUGAAAAUAAUGCAACUCCUAAAAAUGAAGGGAAGACAAGGUUUCGCUUAAGGAUUACGACACCAGAACCUACAAAAAGAACUCUUCUUAGAACAACCGUACCUCCUAUCACAACAACAAUAGCCCACAGGGACGAAAUUAAAAUGAAACCUGUAAUUCUUAAAAAAAUUGAAAUACAUAACGAAAUACCAGUAAUUGGUUCAUCACCAAAUACUACUCAGUUUAAGCAAGAUAUAAAGGAAAUUGAAAUAGUUAGAAAAAAUGCACCUAAAACAAAUAGGAACGUCAAUAAAAACUUAGAAGCAUUAGAUUUAUAUAGAGAUGAUAAUUUAGCUAAAGACAUAAAUAGUUUAGGUGGUGUUGACAUUUUUAGAGAAAAUUUAAAUCUUGAAUCUGAACCUAAACAUGGGGGAAAUUAUAGAAGUAUACAUGAUGAAAUACAUCACACUACGACCCAACCUGUUAAACCCACAGAGGAUGUAGAAACAUCUGAGUCUGAACACAGAAAACUACUAAAAUUAGAAGACAAGCCGCUAAGAAUACGUAGUAGACAAAAAGGAAACAAAGGACAAAGUAAUUCAAACGGAAACGAGGCGAGAAGUUCAAAAUUAAUAGAAUUAAGUGAUUCUGAUGCUAUCUCAUCCAAGUCUUUGCAUGGUGGUAAUUUAAGAUUAUCGCAAAAUAGAAAUUCCAGACGGCAAAAUAAAAAUUCCAAAUAUAUCGAGUUAGAAGACGAUGAUGAUGUGAAGGAAGAAAUUGAACCUGAAAUGCAUGGAGGUAACUUUAAAGAUUUUGGAUCACGACAUCAAACGUCACGAGGCCGGGGUCUACAUGGCGGUAACUACAGAAGCGCUAGGAUUGUAGACGCUGAUAAAAAACAAAUUAAAACACAGGAGGAUAAAUCUUCAAAGAAGGAAAACACUAAUAAAGCAGCAGAAUUAUUAGACUCAUAUGUUCGUGCAGUUCCCAUUCUUUCAACCACGCCCGCUUAUAUAUUAGAUCCUAGCAAACGUAUGUAUUAUUAUGUUGAUGCUUAA